AUGGAGGAAGAAGAUAUUUGUAGAACAUUUGGUCCCCUUUGGACAUAUUUUUAUCGCUUUGUUGUUGAACCAAUAGUGAGGCUAUCUUUAGAUCGAAUGGAGUUGAAGGCAAUUAUAUGGAUUCUAUUUUUUGAUCAUGCAUACAACGAUAUCAGUUCAAAAAGUACAGAUCUUUGCUGGAGUAUUCGAAAAGUGAUCCAUCGAGAGUUGAGGAAUUAUUUGAUAGAGAAGUUCAGCGGAGAUGUGGAAACGGCUGAAAAUCGAUUUUUGAAUUUACUGGAAAUCCCAAUGAUUGUGGAGAGAGGAGAACAAAAAUUUCAAGAAGAAGUUGUACUUUUUCAACUAAAUCGAGUCAAGGUGCAUGAGGAUUUUGUCAAAAUUAUGAAGAAACAGAGGAUUUAA